GGGGCGGGAUGAAGGAUAUCCUAUGUCAUCAACUCCAGGCGCUUUGUUGUUCUUUCGGGACAGAAAAAUAGUGAUGAAUAUAUGAAGAACCGGCGCGUUUUAGACGGAUAAUCCUUCAUUUGGAUCGAUAUUGACAAAAGCUGAUCAACUAUGGAGUGAAACCGAUGUCGUCUGGUAGAGAGUGGACUAUUUAUGGGACCAAAAGCAGCUCAGCGGUGAGCUAGCUUUAGCCGCUCCGGGAGGAAGGAGUUCAGGCUCGGGGAAGAAAUCAGUGCGGGGAUGCCUCACGCAAGUUCGGGAAAACUGUAUUUAACAGUUCCGCCAGGAAACAUGGCACCGUCCACUUAAGUUAUGCCGUCUGUUGACUUAUGUUGAGAUAAGGGAAUAAUUUAAUGGUGGUUUUGUGACUGUUAAGGUGCGAGUUUAGCGAGUUAGCCACGUAGCCUCCAGGAGGAAGUGUUUUAAAAUGGCGGAGGGUUGGCCCGUUCCUUCGGCCCUGCUCUUCUUGCUGUUGAGUUUAAGUUCCUGGGCUGAAGGCACUUGUCCUGCUCCUUGUUCUUGUGAGAAAGGGCAGGAUGAAGUCUUUUCUCUGGACUGCAAUAGGAAAAGGCUGUCAGCGGCCCCCAUGGACCCUCCAGAGGGGAUAACCCAAGUGUAAGUACAGGACCUGUGUUGAAGUUUGUCCUUUUCUGAUCCCUUAGCUCUGAUUUGUUACUCGGACGAGGUGUGCACCAAAACAAAACCAGGAGGAACCGCGGAGGAAGACACAGUUUCUCUGAUCGAAUAUUACAUCAAGUAUCAUUUAACUUAAACUAUCAUAAGGAGUUUUAUAGGGGUGCACCGAUCACAAUCUUCUGGCCGGUCGCCGACCUUUAAAAAGCUUAAUCUGCCGAUACCGAUUUUGGCUGAUACCGAUUUAAAAAAAAAAUAACUGACAACAUGCACCUUCGAUGCUCCAAUAUUAUGUUAAUGAAAAACAUUGAACAAUACCUGUGAAACAGUACAAACUUUUUGUGUUUGUAACUGUACAUGAGUUAGUUAUCUCAGAUAAACGAAAAGUUUAGAGUAUUGCUGUCCAAACGACUAAAUUAUAUCAGUUCCUUUAGUCUUUUAUUUUACUUUCGGACCUUUGCUGAGGUCGAUAAGAUCGGUGGAUAAAAUCGGUUUCAUAUGUCAGGAUCAGCCGAGGAUUUUUUUUCCGUAGUGGCUGAUACUGACGCCAAUAUUUGCAGAGCUGGUCAGCCGAUGGUUGAUAUUUACUGCUGAUUCCUCUUUGUUGUUGCAUUUGAUAAACUAUUACUGUUAAAUAACAAUAACAGUGUUUUCUAUACGGUUACGCUUUAACAGAUCAGACUUGUCAGCACCUGUAAGAUAUUUGUCAUUGAACAUGUUAUCUUUUAAGAGAACGAGCUGAUUGGAGUUUCUGCGGUUGUGAUCUAUUAUGAAAUGAACACAGAUAUCUGUCUGUGCUGAUUUUUUGAAAAUGUCACCAAUCGGCUGUCUGUGAUACACAUACAGAUCGGACUAAUGACACAGUCUUUGUCUGUCAAACAGGAGGACUCAGGAUUAUAUUUCUAUUUCAUAGUUAUAUGAAUCUUUAUGCCUCCCUCCCUGUAGCCGUGCUGCAGCUUCCCUCUGCUUCACUAACACACACCCAGGCUCUCGCGCUGCUCUGUUUCAGCUGUUUCUCUCUUUUUUUUUCUUGAUCAGUCAGUUUAAAAAACAAACAAAUAAACUACACGGUAAAGAGCAGGAUAUAUGUUAUGAAUAGUCAUGAAGUCGUAACAGUGAGUCAAAUAGAGAGGAAAACUAGUACACAGGGUAUUAUUGUAGAUAUUUGCCCCCGCAAGGAUGACGUUUUAAUACUGCAUUAACAUUUGAACCCACCUCUUGUGAGAUCCUUAACCACAAUCAUCCAAAGUCUAAAGUUUUACAUUUUUUUUGGCGCCAAUUUCUUGAACUUUGACUGAAAUUGAAUCUAAACAGAGUAAAAAUCCAAAAAUAAUGUUUUUAUUCUGCUGUUCACGUUGUUUUGAUUUUCAUUUCAGCUCUAUGAACCACAACGAGCUGACCGUCCUUCCCAACCUUGGAGACGUUUCCACGAACAUUACCUCGCUGUCAUUGUACGUUUAAAGGAACAAAAUGAAAUUUUGGGGCUUUUGAGUUCUUGUUGUUUGAUUUUCUGUUAUAAACACACAUUUAUUACACGAACAUUAUGACUUAAAAAGAUGUAUUUUCUGAUUAUGUGUUUAAUUCAGAGUCCACAACCGGAUCUCAGAGCUGUUGAUGCAUCAGCUGCAGCCGUAUGUGUCUUUGGAGACGCUGGACCUGACUUCUAACUCCAUAUCAGAGCUCAAAGUUGGAUCCUUCCCCUCGAUGCAGCUGAAAUAUCUGUGAGCAUGUUUAUAAAACAUCUUCAUUUUCAUUUUAUUUUGUUACGGAUGAAUUUACAAGAACAACGUGAGAAAACAGAGAGCAUUGAAGGGAUGCAUGUAUCCACGAAGGAUGGGUGAAACUGAAUUCAUGUCAGUGUUGUUACUGUAACCUUAUUUCAUUUCAACUAGAAAAGCACUCGGAAAGCGCAGACCUCCGAGCCUCCAAGCAGCUCACAGUAUCCGGAAUUUUGUCUGGAUCAGGAUCAACCUUUGACACCUCAUAAAACUCAUUGAGAUCCUUUAGUGUAAUUUUUUACGAAAGACUCUGGACAUUUUUAUAGAGUUAAAUGCAAAAAUUCCAAAAUUUGCCCUAUCUCACAAUGAUAAAGAAUCCUUCAAAAAAUUCCUGGAUCCAGAAGGCGAUCCGGAUCACCACCAAAAUGUAAUGGGAUCCUCCUGGGGCUGAGACGCACCUCUGGUGAAAAUUUCAGGUCAAUCCGUCUGUAACUUUCUCCUUAAAGUUGUUCACAAACAAACAAACAAACCAACAAACCAACAAACAAACAAACAAACAAACCAACGCUACCAAAAACAUAACCUCCUUGGCGGAGGUAAUAACUGCCUGUCCUCCUCACAGUAGUUUAAAAUGAUUGAAUAACUUAGAUACAGUUAAAUCAUGAGACAGUAGAGAGCUUUGUUUAACAACAUUAGGAUGACAGCACUUUUUCAAUCAUUAUUUAAAACACAAAAGCGAAGCGUGCUCCAGCUUCAUAAACACUUUGUUGUGGUGGAUUUCCUCUCGGUCUUGUUGUGACUCAGUGUGUGUCAUCUGUGUGUCCAAAGUGACACACACACACACACACACACAUUAAGUGAAACAACAAAGAAAACAUUUAUGUCCUCUUAAUGUUUCUGCUCUUGUCUAUUUCAGGAAUUUGAGUAACAAUAAGAUCAGCGUCCUGGAGCCCGGCUGCUUUGAAAACAUCUCCAGCUCUCUGCUGGUGCUGAAGCUGAACAGAAACAGAUUAGUGGUUCUGCCGUCCAAAGUCUUCAGACUCCCACAGCUGCAGUUCCUGUAAGUAUGAAUCACAUCGAGGGUUUUUGAUGUAAACAUUAGAGUGGUGUUAGUUCAGGCUGCUGAUCCCGACGUCAGCCCAUAUCAGCUGAUUACCUUCAAAUGGUGUCAUAUGUGUUAUAUCUGCUCUGCUGCUCUCCCUGCCUUCACUUCACAUGGAUGCAAACGAAGCGGAGGUGAGGUGUGAUCUCCUAACCUCAGGCUUUGGUGUUUCAUACACACAAGUGGAAAGGCAGGGAGCUCCCAGAACAGAGCUAACCACCAGGUUUAACUCUUGACCUGACUGACCUUGAAUGAUUGACUCGUUCAUUUGACUGAAGCUUUCUCAGACUUGGACUUGAUUGUAGGUUUGUGUUUGAAUUGGUUGAAGUUUGUUCUCUGGGCUUGAAUUGAUGCAAACUCUGACUGCAGUGAAAUGAAGCGAAAUAAGAUCAAGAUCGUGGACAGCCUGACGUUCAAAGGGAUGGACUCACUGAGGUCGCUGAAGAUGCAGAGGAACGGCAUCACCAAGCUCAUGGACGGAGCCUUUUUUGGGCUGAACAACAUCGAAGAACUGUGAGUAAAACUGUUUCAUCGGUGAUUAUGAAACCACAACGUUUGGAUGUGAAAAACGUAAAAGCAGAGAGAGAGAUGUGAACACAUCAGUCGGACUGUCAUCCCUAAUUGUUGAAGUGAAUGCAUUAAAAAAAAGAAAAUGAGAUGAUAUGUUCUCGCUUUUUUGUUUUCCCAUCUGCGUCUCAGAGAACUGGAGCACAACAACUUAACCGAGGUCGCCAAAGGUUGGCUGUAUGGCCUGCGCAUGCUGCGUGUUCUGCGGGUCAGCCAGAAUGCUGUCGGCAUCAUCCGACCGGACGCCUGGGAGUUUUGCCAAAAGCUGGAAGAACUGUGAGUGUUUUUGCUUCUGAGCUAAAAUCCCAACCCAGCUGAGAGUCCCCACUUUGUUUCCUCAGCCCCGGGCUCUUAGACUCAUUGUGAGUGCUCAGAGAUGUUACAAUUAUCCUGCUUUGGUACUGUGGGCUCUCUGGAGCUGAAUCACUGCUGUUUCGCCUCUGGUGAAAGUACUAGAUGUGCUUUUUAACAAUUUUCUUACAAUUUCCAACAUUUGGAGCAUCGCUCUUGAAUGUUCUGUUGCAUUAACACACCGGCUUCCUCUGCCUGUAACACAGUAACUGUCUGAACUCUUCCUCACCACACUCCUGCUUGUUUUCUGCAGAGACUUGUCCUUCAAUCAUCUAACCCGACUGGAGGAGACGGCCUUUGUGGGUUUAGGUCUCCUGGAGAACCUGAACCUGGGAGAAAACUCCAUCAGCCAUUUGGGAGAGGGAGUGUUCAGUGGCUUGGCAAGCCUGCGCACCCUGUAAGUACUACACCUCCAAAAUAUCCACCCGAGAGAUGGGACACCUAUUUGAUCUGAUAAAGACGUGUACUGAAGCUCAGUGUGUGAAAAAAUAACCAAGUCCUGACUUGUUCUUGGCUCUGUGCGUCCUCAUGAAGGCUGCGUACCACAGUAGGUCCCUUUGUUUCACUCUUCAUGUGUAGAUCCCGUCUUGUCUUGUUGUUUUCCCAAGUAAUCUUGUAGACUUGACUCACUCACAGUACUUUAGGUCUCAGUCAUUGUUGUCCUCUAAUCCUCCUCGUCAUUAAUCAUAUGUUUAGUCUUAGCUCCUCUUCUCUUCGUUGUGUCUCCUGUUUAACUGCCAGACGUCUCAGCAUGAAUUGUGAUUUAGAAAUUUAAGGCAGUAAGUCCAUCAGAGAGUCUUUUCCUCAGACGCUCUUCUGACUUGAAACUCUUUAGCAGGUGGAGUGUUUGUUCAACUGUUGUUGUUUGGACUCAGAUAUAGAUUUACAGUUAAAGACGAUAAAGACUGGAGUCAAUGGAGGACGGAUCAGCUGGUCUAUAACGGAGUAUGAACUCAUUUUUGGUUUGUUGUCAUCUGACAUUUGAGUAAGACACAAAUGAAGUUUGCCAACAUCAGAGUUGGAUCUCAUUAUUUCAGUCUGACGUCAGCGUUGUGUCUCAUCUCCUCUGAGUAAUUCUCUGAGCUCUCAGUUGGACAGAAGCUCAGCAGGUGAUGGGUUUGGAGGGCGCUCUGGUUUUUAGAGAGGAACUGAAAAAGUUUUUUCUCCUCCUGGACGUUAGUGUGUUUUUUAACCCUGCCUGUGAUCCUCUUCUCCUCUUGUACCAGUGUCUGGUUUUAUUCUAAAUCUCUUUGAUUUCUGCUGGUUUCUCUUCCACCAGAAUCAUCAUUGAUGGUAAUUAAGCUCUUUGGAUUUUGCUGUGAUGGUUGAAGGAUUUUUUUGGCUUUCUCAGUCUUUUAACCAAACAUAUCUAAUUACUUUAUCCCCCCUGCUUCAACAAACGAAUGCCAAAUGCUCGGCUCUCAGCGCAGAGGAAGCGUCUGUGCUGCGCGGUUUGCUGGUCUGUGUCGUUUUUCUUAAACACACAGCGUUCCCUUUAGAAAGAACUGUUGACCUUAGAGCAGCAGCGGAGUGUGCAAACACUCGCGAUGCACAUGAUGACUGGCAUUAAAUUGGCAUCAAUCUGUAAUAACUUGAUAAUUAUCAGUGCUGGCGGGUAUAAAUAUUUCGCCGUUGUGUUUAAGCAUCAAUAUUGUGUACAUGCUGACUGCAAACACGCCCCGACGGCGAGCGCCAACAUGUCAGCUGUGUGGAAGUAUUUGACCUGUCAGAAACAGACGUCAAAAUAAGUGUUUGUCAGCGGUUGGCAUUAAAUCACAGCCAGUGGUUUCAACGAUCCUUUAAUGUUUUUAUCCAGUUUUAUCAUUUUAAUUAUCGUUUAAUGAAAAAUACAAACUUAAUACUUUGUAUUUUUUUUAGUUAUUGAACUUCACUUGUAUAUUUAUUGAAUAAAAAACAUGAAUUCCCUGUUUUUAAAGGUUUUACUGGAUGUUAUAGCUGUUUAAUAUUUAGCUUUGACAAUUUAACAUACUGAGUCACUUCAAAACCUGCAUUUCUAUAAUAAACUUAACAAAACCAGAACAAUAAUAAGUGAUAAUUAAACCCCCUUGCUCCUUAAACUUGUGAAAAUCCCAUCUUCGUACUUUUAAAAACUGAUUCCUGUUUGUAAAUCUCCGAACUCCCUCAUUGAAACUCUUCCAGCAUCUCUAGAAAACGAUUUAAAAGUGUGUGACAUGAUUUACAGGCAGCACGGUCCCUUUAGGCUCCUUUUUAACUUGGAUUGAGUCGACCAGUGAAACAUGCAAUCAGCCUGCCCAGAGUCCGUCAAUCAUGCAUCAGGUCCAGCCGGCCACUAAUGAUGUGGAGCCCUUCCUGUGAAUCGCAGGUGAUGGAGAGAGGAGCCAAACAACCCUCCUUCAGGAAUACCAAUUUACCUGUGCAUCAUCUCAGGAGUCGUGAGCAGAACUUAGAGUUUCUGAAAAGUAAGAACAAGUCAGCGUCAGAGAGAAACCCGUCAGCGGCCCUGACUUCAGGUCUUCAACAAAGCAAAGAAAUAAAGCAGCGGUGAAAUAAACACAGUUGAGAAAAUCAGUGAAUUCAUGAUAAUCAUCCCUCAGCUCUGUGAGGAUGACAGAUACAGCCUGCUCCCAGCUAACCAUGUUUCUGGAUCAGGAUGAGUCUGAAAAUAUCCGCAUCCUGGAUAUUAACCAGAACCAUCCCCUGCAAACACAAUGCAUACCCACUGUUUAUAUUAGAUAAUAUAUUUGAAAGGCAGUACACGGUUAUGUUGUGGUGGUUGUAAUAUUGCACAGAGAGGAGAGAGUAGACGGAGAUUUCCUCUGUCGCUGCGCCCGAGGCCAAUAGAUGGAGAUGGGAUCUUUUGUCACAGUGGGCAGAAGGAGCCCUCCGGUUUCUCUGAGAUUUGACUUUCAUGAAGCAGAAAUAAACUAAUAUCAGCGUAUGAAAAUGCAGAACAUUUCAGCGCCUUGUCAACAGAAAAACAGCAGCUUCAGCUGAGUCCAAGAGAGGAUAUCAGACAUCUCUUUUUCAGUGUGUUAAACGCUGUUAAACAUUUGUGCACGACUCCGUUUAUGACCUAAGGGAUUAACUUUGGAUCAGAGAAGUUAUCCGUCUCUAUAAAGAUGUUAAUGCUCCCGUAUCAGGACCACAGAAUAAAUCAUUUACAUUUAUAGCAUACAGCUUCUCUCCUUCUCAUGUGCAGAGGAGUAGAAAACAUAUUACUGCUGCUACGAUAGCUGUGGGAAAAAAAAACGUGCAGCUGCGGCUCAGAGUAUCAUCACAAAUGUGUUAUCUGUCGGGGACUCAGAGUUCUGCAUGAAUCCCUGAGCUGCAGGGAGAAAAAGGGGGUCAUGUUUGACCAGCUUGACCAUCCUGGGAGCUUUCAUGGGAGAGAAGGAUCGGAGAGUGCCGGAGCUCUUUCAGAGGUGGCCAGGCAUGAGGAAAGAGAGACAAAAGAGCCCAUGACCCGUCCUGUAAACACAAGGACCCUCUGGGCUUCCAGCGGACCCGUGAACCGGCCCGGUUCUAAACAGAGCCAAUUAAUUUCCCUUCAUCAGAGCAGCGGGGGCAGCGAACUGUGACACGCUGUGGAAGUACGGCGUCUCAGAUAGUUAGUCUCUGAACUGAGAGUCACUGGCAGACAAACACAGCGGAGAUAAUGUGCCCUGGAUGUGCUUUCUCAAAAACCAAACCUUUCCUCUGAAACGAGACUGUUUUUGUUUUUCAGAGACAUCCGCAACAACGAGAUCUCCUGGGCCAUCGAAGACUCCAUCGGUGUGUUUGAGGGGAUGAAGAAGCUCAACACACUGUAAGGACAAUUAUACACACAACAGACACACUUUAAGAGACUUAAUAUUAAAUGUAUGUUAGGUUAUAUAAGUACAAAAUAGUAGGUCAGUGAGCAUGAAUUAAGAACAGGCUCUAAACCAGGUUUUAGUCAGGCUUUUAACACGAUUAUUUUCAACGCUAAGUAUUUUGUUUUUGGACAUUAUGAAGAUUUUUUGUCUUUAUUUUUCUAGUAAAGGGAUUCCCGCACACUGUCCAACUUGCAGUCAAUCAUUUAUUUGCAACGUUUCGGUUCUAGACCUUCAUCAGGCAAACAGUUUUUUGUUGAAGAGAGGCCAUCUUAAACAGGGAGUGGUCAUUUCUCCCUGACCAAUCCCAUUCUCACGCGCGUAAACACAGAGGGACAAGAUCAUCAUCGGGUAAUUUAACCAAAGAGACAGAAAAUAAACAACCAAACAGUUUGUGUGACAUCAGUCUAAAGUAAUACCCACAUGUCCAGGAGAGAAAUCCAGAACAUUGUGAAUCGAUUAUAAAUAAAUCAGUAUUUUAAAAUGUGUUUUAGGAGAUAAGUUUACAAUGUAAGAAAAAAACAGACAUGUUUUAUUAACAAAUCUCCAUAUUUAGUACAAAAGGGCACAUCUAUCAUCAAAAUAUACAUCUAAUAACAAGCAUACAAAGCUCAUUUUGAACUACACACACUUACAAUGACAGUGAAUGACAACAACAGAGAACGUCAUCCAGAUACAGACAACAUUAUGGCUGUGUCUGAUUUCUAGAAAAUGAGGACUCUGCAGAAGUUUUUGUCAUCACCAAGAUUUUUUCACGAAUCAGUAGAGGCUCAAAAAAUUUGAGCUAUUUUGCUGCAGUUUUUGAGCCUCGACUGAGAAGUGCACCUGUCUCGUUUUAUAGAUGUGUGAAGUGCUUCCUUGGUCUUUAUUUUUCUACAGCGGAGUAUUAGGCCACAUUAAGAAAAAAAAUUAAGACUUUGAGAUUAAAGUCAUUAAUUUACCAGAAUAAAGUUCUAAUAAAAUAAUUAUCAUACUUCUGAUAAUGUGGAUGGCUCUCAUGGAGUAAAGUGAUAACUUUACUACGACUUCAUUCUCGUUAGUUAAUGAGUUUAAUCUCAAAGUCUAAUUUUCUUUUGCUUAAUGUGGCCCUAAUACUCUGUGGUGUUUUUAAGCUCUCGGUGUUGACGUUUGCUUUAGUCAGAUCUCUUUAUGGAACAUUUAAAGAUUUUAUAGUGACAGUUGGACAUGAACCUAAAACACGUGAAGAGAGCGGGCACAACCACUCAGACCAGAGUUUCAGAUAAAUAUGAAGAAACCAUGUAUAACUGAGCGAGUUAGCAUCACAUCAGUCCCAUUAUAAAACAGGUGUGAAGGUUAAUCUUUUAUUAACGUAACGUUUUGCACAUAAAUAAAAGUGCUGAUGACAGUAUUUCCAUUUCUCAUCCCUCCUUCGUGUUAUAAUGUGAAAUUCUACCUACGAGUUUAUUCUAACUUUUACUUUCAGAAGUUUUUAUCCAACUUUGAAGCUCUUAACUAUUUCAAUAACUUGACUCUCUCCAGGAUCCUCCAGCGGAACAAAAUCAAAUCCAUCACCAAGAAAGCGUUUGAGGGUUUGGAGGAGCUGGAGCACCUGUGAGUGAACACACCUCCACACUCCCACACAUCGGAGUGAUUGUAGAUCGCUCUUAAUCCCAUUGUGCUGCUGCUGUCUUAUUGUUGUGAAACUGGAUCAUGAUUUUUUUGUAAAUCACUUUAGAGGUGUGUCUCCUUGUAUUUCUGUCCUCUCUGCAGGGAUCUCAGCAAGAACGGCAUCAUGUCGAUCCACCCCGAGGCGUUGUCCCACACGAAACUCAAAGUGUUGUGAGUACACAGACAAAAAAACGAUCCCACAGUCCGAGUGUAUGCCAGUAUUCCUCUCAGCUUUGGUUAUAUAAAGGUAAAACAUGUCGGUUAAGUAACGCUGCAAUUAAAGGAUGAAGGUGGGAUUUAAGAUCUUUGUUACAUAAUUCUGUGACUAAGAUCUCAAAAACUGAAGUGUGUCUCAGCAGUGAAUGAAGGAAACUUCACUUUUUAAAAGAUUCAGAUGAGUUAAAAAAAAAGGAGUUAUUUCUGAGUCAUUAGGCGAUCUUUCUGCGUUUGCCCGGGCAGAUAUUCGCGGUUCAGCUUCUGCCUUCAGGCGACCGUCUCUCAAGUCUGAAAGGAAAAAAAACUCUGGAAACUAAAAAAAACAAAGUCCCUCUAUUUCUCCGGGGUUUAGCCAGCCCACUUCAGGAGGGUCUAAAGAAAGACCCCAGCUCCUCUCAGAGUGGACCCUGACGCAGUCAUAGAGUUCAACACUGUUGGUAUAACUGAGCUGGGGGACAAAACGGCGACACCUUCAUAACGAAGAUUUAUCUUGGUGUAAAGUCAUUAAAAAUGUGUUUCUGGAGGCGGUGAAUCACUGCUCCUGUCUUUAUUAAAAUCAUUGAAACUCUAAUUCACACACUCAGUUGACUUUCCCUCUACUGAAAGUCUGGAGCAGGACUCGGGUCUUAAUUCUACUUUACAGACAAUUAAAUGGACGUUUUAAUGAACUGCUAUUGCAGCUUUUGAUCGUCACUCGUGUUGAUGUUUGAGAUUGUCUUAAAGUUUUAGACGUAAGUUUGGUAUAAACAACCACAGAUCAAUUCUAAAUUCAGAGCUGUGUCUCAGGGGACUCGGUCUAAGAAACCUUUAGAAUCUCUCUGCAGGUUUUUAUCCUUUUUUUACUUUGAAGACUUAAUCUGAUUUCACACCUCUCUCCAAAUACCUGUCUGUUCCCAGCUUGCUGAACACGAGCAGCCUGCUGUGUGACUGUCACAUGCAGUGGCUGGGGCCUUGGCUGACGGACAGCCCCUUCCUGCAGUCCGUCUCCGCCCUCUGCGCUCAUCCCGCCAGCCUCUUGGGCCGCAGCGUCCUGUCCAUCAGCCCGGAGGAGUUUGUUUGUGGUCAGUCCAGUUCUGCUGUUUUUCAGUCUGUUUGACGUGAAUCCAGGACACGGAGGAGUGUUUUUAUCAGCGGGUGUUACAAACAAAUAUGAGAUGAUUAGAUUACAUUCUGCAGAGGAACAGGACAUGGUGUUACUCCGCUGGAUUACUGCGGGGAAUGUCCCUUUAAUCAGGGGAACACUCAUCCCGCUUCAUUUGCUCCUUGUUUUGUUCAUUUUUUUAAUGCAGAAAUAACUCCUAAAGUUUUUCGAACAGACAUGAAGCUGAAUUUAUCUUUUGUUUUCUCUCCUUUUUUAUCACAGGACUGAUUUAUUUUCUCUCUCUCUCUCUCUUGUAGCGCUCCCAUGAUAAUAGAAAUAACUCUGACACUUUUUAUUUCUGUAACACAAACUUUCUUUCUCUCUUCUUUGGUUAUCGGCGCUGAAAAUGUUCCCUCUUCUUUAUUGCUGCUACGUCUAUUUAUGUCUGAGACGAGAAAUACUGAAUUCAGACGUUCUGUCUCUGCUCCCCCACAGAUGAUUUCCCCAAACCUCUCAUUACGACCCACCCGGAGACGUCGGUGGCGCUGCGGGGGAACAACGUGACUCUGAGCUGCAUAGCGUCCAGCAGCAGCGACUCUCCGAUGACCACGGCGUGGAGGAAAGAUGGCGAGGUUCUGUACGACGCAGAGGUGCAGAACUACGCCCGCUACCAGGAGGGGGAGCUGAUCUACACCACGGUGCUGCACCUCCUCAACGUCAACUUCACAGAUGAGGGACGAUACCAGUGUGUGGUCUCCAACCACUUCGGCUCCAACUACUCCAACAGAGCCAAGCUGACCGUCAACGGUGAGGAGCUUCUUCUUCUUCUUCUCUUUGAUUGGUAACUUUAUUUUGAAACAACAGGAACUGAUGAUGAAGAUGACUCUGUCUUCAUCAGAGGAGGUUGUUCUUCUUUUUCUCUUAGGUUGGUAACUUUAUUUUGAAAACAGCAGGAAAUGAUGAUGAUGACUUUGUCUUCAUAUAGAGCUCUGUGUGUGUGUGUGUGUGAGUGUGUGUGUGUGUGUGUGUGUGUGUGUGUGUGUGUGUGUGAAUCCUCUUGUGGUAAAUGAGCGAGUGAUGAGCUCUCUCUCUCUCUCUCUCUCUCUCUCUCUCUCUCUGUUUCCAUGGUAACAGGGCGCUCAUGUCUGACACUUUAACUUCCUUUGGACCCCUGAGUUUAUCAAAAUAGAUAUUUGGAUUAAAAAAAAAAGGCCAACUCUGACAGUUUGUCUUCAAACUCUCUGGUCUCUUUUUUUUUCUUGACUGCUGACGGCACUAAACAAAACUAUAAAAGCUUGUUCCAUUAAACUGGAGUUAAAACUGAGUUUUAAAAUGAACUAAAAUGUGUGAAAUGCAAAUGUAAGUCAGGUUAAAGAGGAGAUGGAUGUGACACACUUUACCUGAAACUGUAAAUGAAGGGUCCUGGAGUCAGUUUGGGGGAUGGAGGUCCUGCUUACUUAUACUAAUCCCAUCCCAGAAUAACAUUUCUAUUUCUAAUCUGAAAAUGUCAGAAAUUCAUGAUGCAGGUUUUUUUUUGUCUGGGUGAAAUCUGCAGGUUUUAACAAAUCCUCUGUUUCUGUUGGAAAACUAGGAUCAGGUUCAGAAAUCAUCAUAUAUCUGUGAACACAGGAAUCAGGGCUUAAACCAGUUCAGGCUGUGGUUUUAAUUUUUCCUCCGUAUUUUUUACACACAUAUUUUCCUGCUCCUGAAAACACAGACAGAAAUGUUUGAAGACAUAAUGACCCUGUAAGAUUUAUCAGCAGCCGCUCCGUUAUCUCAGCCGGAUGGAGGUACUUUACUUCUCGUCUUCUCCUGACUCUCUGUCCUCUUAUCUCUCAGAGCUGCCGUCCUUUCUAAAGACUCCCAUGGACCUGACGAUCCGGACCGGGACCAUGGCCAGGCUGGAGUGCGCCGCUGAAGGACAUCCGUCACCUCAGAUCGCUUGGCAGAAGGACGGCGGUACCGACUUCCCCGCCGCCCGUGAGCGCAGGAUGCACGUGAUGCCAGACGACGACAUCUUCUUCAUCGCUAACGUGAAGACGGAGGACAUGGGGGUGUACAGCUGCACGGCUCAGAACGCCGCCGGCAGCCUGUCCGCCAACGCCACUCUGACCGUCCUGGGUGAGACACACACACACACACACCUGAUUAACCGAGAGGAUUACUGAUCAUUACUUUGACUGAUGUCGUUUCAGCUGAGUCACUCCGCCUGUUCAGACCUGUAACUCAUGACACAUCCUCAUUUUUAGGUUAUUUUCCAGAGUCACUUCUACCAACCAAACCCGUUUUUAUUCUGGAUUUAAAUACUUCUUAUAAUCCAGAUUCACAAUCCAGUAAUUCUUUAAUAAAGCUGUAGAUCUGCAACUAUCACAACAACAACCGUCAUAUUUUUGUCAGCUGUUACCGACCGCAGUUUUACAGACUGAUCCUUCUAACUGUAGCUACUUCAGAAGAAAGUCAUGACUCACACAUCGAUCAGCUGAAAACACAGACUGCCUGAAAGAUCGGAGCAGGAGGAGACAGUCGGAGUAGAGCUGUGUUCAAGAUUCAACUAAAUAUGACGCGUUUAUUCAGGUUGUACAGAAAAAGGCUGGAGCGACAACCUCUGGACUGUAAAAUAAAGGAUUGAUGUCCUCAAGAGAGCCGCAAAAAUCUCAGAGAAGUUGGUCGAAUUCAUCGAUUUUAACAACCAGAGACGGUGUCGGCCGAGACUUAGAGGACCUUUACGUCCUCAAGGAGACAAAUCACGUCACCCAAACAUCUUGUAGAUAUUCUGUUUACUCGGAUAUUUUGGAAACAAAGCUAACUAAUAAAAAAGACAAACGUUGUGCAGCUCGGAUAUCUUGGCAAAUCAAAGUCCUGGAUCAGGACUCAGUGGAGGCAGAUGCUCAAUAUUAAAAAUGUGGAUCCGGUCCAGGAGCCGUAAAAACUGACGGGGACAAUCCCAGCUCAUGAGAUUUAGAGGAGUCUGGUUUAGUCCUGGUCAUGCCCUCGUAUUUAAGCUGUAGAUCUGAAAGCUAAAGGAGAUAUAUGCACGAUUUCUCCCAGAAUGCACUGUGUCUGUGAGCGGCUGUCAUUGAGGCGUCCUCUUCAGCUGCGAGCCGGUCCAGAACUUUAAUGGUCGUAUUUCAGCGGGGCUGCUGAGAUUUGUGAGGAGCGCUCUGCUCCACAAUUAUAAAGCUGUGGCGAACGCCAUGAAGCCAUCACUCAGCGUUUAAUUCACAGCUCUGAGAGCCAAUCGGUGCGUCCGAGCCAACACUCGGCGUAUGCUGGCUCUGAUAAGGAUAACAAAGCGCUUAGAAACUCACCAAUUAAAGAAGCUGCAGAUCGCAGAGCGUCUGAUGAUGGCGGCCAAGUCUCCAAGAAAUAAAGCUGCGGUACGCCGAUAAUCCUGGAGGGGAGAGAGGAGCCAGGGAGCUGUCAAUCAAAACCCAUCUGACACGCCCACACAGACUGAGACGUCCUCAUAGAUCUGGAGGUCGUCCUCAGACUUUAGCAGAUCCUAAUGAGACCCUUAAACUCGGUAUCACGUGUUCGUUUUAUGACCUGCAGUGAAACGUCUGCAGCCUUUAAAUCUGCUGAGUCAGGCGUCUCUCACUGAUCAGACGGCGUCAUCGCCGCCAUGUGAGGUGAAGCCGCCAGCUUGUAUGAAAUCGAUAACUCAUUUAAAGUUUGUGAUCAAGGCUUAAACCGGACGACUAAAGGACGGUUUAUUUGGAAAUAACAAUCCUGACCUCCAACAGAUCCACAUUAACAGUCUGACACCCGUGAUAAUUGGAUAAUCCUUUUCAAUCAAAAAUCAAUAAACCCUCCUCUCCCGCCCUCAGAAACGCCAUCCUUCAUGCGGCCCUUGGAGGACAGGACUGUGGCCCGCGGUGAGACCGCCGUACUUCAGUGCAUCGCCGGAGGCAGCCCGGCUCCUCGUCUGAACUGGACCAAAGACGACGGGCCUCUGGUGCUCACAGAGCGCCACUUCUUCGCCGCAGCCAACCAGCUCCUCAUCAUCGUGGACGCCGGUCCUGCUGAUGCUGGGAAAUACACCUGCAUCAUGUCCAACACUCUGGGGACGGAGCGCGGUCACAUCUACCUGAGCGUGUCGCCCUCGCCCAACUGUGAUACCGGCUCAGGGUACGACCAGGACGGAUGGACCACCGUGGGCAUCGUGGUGAUCGUGGUGGUGUGCUGCGUAGUCGGGACCUCGCUGGUCUGGGUCAUCGUCAUCUAUCACAUGCGCAGGAAGAGCGAGGACUACAGCAUCACUAACACAGGUCAGUCCAUCGAACCCACCUCUGCGUGGAGAAAAAGACACGUACGGCGUUCAGGUCUGUGAGGAAAUGUCCGUUUUUUUUCCUGGUUUGACAGUCUGUGAACGAUUACACCAAAAACUUUUAAAAACCUUCGAGACACGUGACGGAGGAAUGUAGAUGUUCAUUUCAUUUUUUUUUAUAGACCUCAGUGAGAUAUAUGUGAGGACUCCUGAGAAGAAACUCUGAUCAUGUCGUGAUGCAAACAGUUCAGAUGUGGAGGAAGGAAAAGCUUCUUUAUUAAGAGGUUAAAUUUCUCGAUUAUACACUUUUAACCAGUUUAAGAUGACAGGACACUGUGUGAUACACUUUAUUGUCCCCUUGGGGUCAUUUGUCCUGGACUCCAGUUCCCAGCAUGCUCAGUUACAUCCACAAUAGUAAGAAUAAAUCAAACAUUAAAACAAUCGGUGAGCCGAAUGCAAACAGAGGACGACAGCAUCAUCAGCGAAGGACAGACAUGUUCGGUUUUAUCUAACAGAGAUGGAUUUUUUAAAACUCUGAAAUGAUGUUUUAAUGACGGAGGAGGUGUCUGGAUUAUCAGGUUGAUGUUUUAUUGAUGUUUGUAUCUGGAUUAUCAGGUUGAUGUUUUAUUGAUGUUGGUAUCUGGAUUAUCAGGUUGAUGUUUUAAAUGUUGGUAUCUGGAUUAUCAGGUUGAUGUUUUAAAUGUUGGUAUCUGGAUUAUCAGGUUGAUGUUUGUAUCUGGAUUAUCAGGUUGAUGUUUUAUUGAUGUUUGUAUCUGGAUUAGCAGGUUGAUGUUUUAUUGAUGUUGGUAUCUGGAUUAUCAGGUUGAUGUUUGAAUGAUGGAGGAGGUGUCUGGAUUAUCAGGUUGAUGUUUGAAUGAUGUUGGUAUCUGGAUUAUCAGGUUAAUGUUUGAAUGAUGUUGGUAUCUGGAUUACCAGGUUGAUGUUUUAUUGAUGUUUGUAUCUGGAUUAUCAGGUUGAGUGUAUUUCCUCAGAGUCACUGAAGACGUCUGUGUUUGUUGUAGAUGAGAUGAAUCUGCCCGCAGACAUCCCCAGCUACCUCUCCUCUCAGGGAACUCUGUCGGAGCCUCAGGAAGGCUACAGUAACUCGGAGGCUGGCAGCCACCAGCAGCUCAUGCCGCCGCUCUCCAACGGAUACGUGCACAAAGGAACAGAUGGUGAGUCACCUCAGAGCGUCCACCAUCUUUACUCUGGAACCCUUCGCCAUGGAGACACUUAUUGUUGCUUCUCUUAGCCAUCAUGCUAUUGUGGUGAAACCGAGGUUGUUACUCAGACAGGACUGUAUCAUACUGACAGGUUUUCUUCCCUGACAUGAGAGCGCAGAGUGAAGGUAAUGAUCUCCUCACAGGCUGAUGUUUGUUUAACCACCGACAGCAUGAGCCUCAUAAAGUCUGAGUUUAUAAACUGUCCUCUUUAAAUAUUAUUAUUGUAAUAAUUAUUUUGAUUCUCCGGCUGUUUGUCAGGAUGUUUUCAUGUCUCUUUAAAUCACCUUUCUGCUUAAAUCUGCUGUGUAACAUAAACUCCCUUUAAUUAUCAGGUAUGUGUUACGGAGACGCAGGCAGCGAGGUGGAGACGGAGGGAAACGGGACGCUGCACUGCAGGGUGGGCUCUCUGUUCACGGGGCGCAGCAGCUUCCACCCCGGAGACCCCAGAGAGGGGCUGUCGGGACUUCCUACAGGUGAGGGUCACCCACCUACAGGGGGUGGGCUUUGGAGGGUGUUAGACUUCUGACACUUUGAUGUUUAGAGACUUUUCUGUUCUUCAGGGAUCAUGAACCUGCUGUUUUGUUGUGUUUCUGUAUUUUUUGCACUAUGAGGCGCAGUUACAAUCCUUUAGGCUUGUCAGAGCGCUGCAGCUACUGUAGCCUCACAGAGUUAUUGACUGUUUUGUUUGGAUUAAUGCGCUUUAUAAUCCGGUGCACCUUAUGUAUGAAAAUAGGUGCAUUUAUUGAUGGUGCUCCUUAUCGUGUGAAAAACACGGUAAUCUGUCAGUGUGUGAAAGACAAGUCCAUAUGCAGAAUUCUGCAGGUGAAGGUGGUUUUAAAUAUCUGAAGUAAAACAAAAACAAGUGCUUUUACCGCAUAUAUACAUAUAUUAGUGUUGUGACGGUUUAAAAGUGUAGAAAUGUUUCUCUGCCGUUUAUCUCUCUGAGUCAGUGUUUAGUCGUCUGCGCUCACAGGAACAGGAAACCCGGAGCACAUCCGUUCUGGUGCGUUUCUGUAUCUUCACCAGCGUGUCAUGCAGAGUUUGUUCGCUCCGUUUGAUUGGUCAGGUUUGGGUGCGCUCCCUAUAAUCACCAGCGUGUCCAGCAGACUGCUUGGCAUAGUUUCCACGAAGAAGAAACAGCUUCUCCGGUGGUGGUCAUGGCGGACGCAGAGAUUAGUGGCGGUACCAAACAAACGGAGGUAGCCCGAAAAAGAGCAGAAGAGUCGUGACAUCGGUUGUCUGGAGAUUCUUCGGAUUUAGAAAAUCUGUGUGUGGUGUGUCUGUCGUUGUUGGAGGAGGAAACACCAACAACCUCUUCCUCCUCCUAAAGAUGAAACACGCCAAACUCUGUUAUGAGAGAAAAAAGCUGCGUGACGCACCUGCUGCACCAAAAACUAAAACUGCAGCAGCUCCUCUCAGACUUUCGCCAGAGGGACGAUCAAAAAUCACCAGACUGGUCUGAGAUUUAGUUUGUAUUUGUAUAAAAAUCAGAGUUUAAAAAGGAAAAUGAACAAAUGAGACAGAAUUUUUAUUUUUUAAGACAUUAAUUGAAUUUACAGGGAAGAAACAUACAGAGAUAUAUAUACUGUUACUGAGAUGAAGUCAUACUGUGAUGUAAGAUUUUGUUCAUACCACCCAACACUAAUACAUACACAGUGAAGUUAGCACCAGUGUGGUGAUAGAUGGUUGAAUUUACAGAAGAGAGAAUCUGUUGACCACGGACGGAGCAGGACGGUGUUUUUAAUGAGCUCAGAUCAGACGUGAUAAAUACGGAGUCAUCGUCAGAAUCACCCCUGAACUCGCUGAUCCUCUUCACUGGAUCUAAAAAUGUAGAAAAGUCGAGUUUAUGUGGAGGGACUCUCACCGAGAUACUUCCUCUCUCCUUCCAGGCGGAGCAGGCCCGCUGGUCAUCUGCUCCGACUGCUACGACAACGCCAACAUCUACUCCCGCACACGAGACUACUGCCCCUACGCCUACCUGGGAGAGGACGACCCGCUGGACAAGAGUCUGCCGGGCCUGAAGGAGAGCUUCGGCGGGCACGCUCAGCACGAGGACGCCACUCUGGAGAGCCUCAUUAGUAACCAGGACUCCUCCAUCUUUCUCACCUCGCACGAAAAAAGGCUGAGCAGCCACACGCCCCCGGAGCACUACACUAACGGUGAGAGUUCCUAAUUUAAGACGGUGACACUAUCCUUCCUCUGAGGACAAACUAUGGCGUCCGACCUGACCCGGUUUGUGGCUGAACACGACUCUAUAAACAUUCGUCUUUUCUUUUCUGUGGGUGUUUUAAAUUUCGCUCCUGCUUCGGUGAGUCGACUCACAGUUUUCCUCCAGAGUGAUUAUACCGAGGUUUCUUAUCCAGAUCCAGACGAGGGAUUUUUCUAGUAAAACAUUUUUUUUUAAAGGUUAUUAUCCUCCAGGAAACUCGAACAAGCUGAGAUAAGACGAGAAACAGCGGUGGAAAAGUCGUUUUUAUGAACGUCAAGUUAACACACAAACAAACAGGCGACGUCACUGAGCGAUCGAGAGUCUAAACGUGUUCGUUUAAACGAUAAACGCCGAUCAGUGAAAAACCGCGUCUCCAGAGUCCAGGUUUGCUGGUCUUUAUGAAAACCGUGUGGUGAUGAGGUUCUCUCUGAUUUUAAAGAGGUGACCUCCAUGAAGCAGAAGGACGACAGUGUUAGCGGGUCGUUUUAUCCACCGGCUCUGACGCUCUCUGAAACUGUUAUUGUUCUGAUAAUGACCCGCUUCUGAUUGGUGCUUAAUUCCUGUCUCAUCACUGGUAUCACCUUUGGGGCCUCUGAGGUUCUGAACUCUGGAGGUUCAUCCACAUUAAGAAAAUUGUACGAACGAAGGUUUCAGUCUGACCCAGGAUCUGAGAUUUGAUGGUAAUGGUCAUGUUCACUGUUUGAAGCGGGGUUAGGGUUAGCGAGGAUGUUCAUGCAAGUUUCUGUGGUAGACGGAUUCACAGCUGACCUUUAACCUUUGAAAACAGAAAGACAGAAGAUCAGAGUCUGAAAUCUCCUCUUAUGGAGGUUCUUCUUUAAUGAAUCUCUCUGUCUGUUGGGAUUAAAGACACCGAAGAAAAGGGAGUUUAAGUUUCUGCAGUUUCCAUAUUUAAGAGUUUAAAAACGUAAAAAACACACCGAAGAAAAAAAACUUUUUAACGUUUUUAUUAGGAUGGAUCUGAAAUCCUGCUGACGCUCUGAGUUACAAUAAAAAUAAUAAUUAAAAAAUAAUAAUUAUGAUGAAGAAAAUAAAAUGAUAAUAAAAAUAAUAAUGAUGAUGACAAUGAUGAGAAUAAUAAUAUUAAUAAUAUUAAUAAUGAUAAUAAAAAAUUAAUAUUAAAUAAUGAUAAUGAUAAUAAUAAAAAAUACAAUAAAAAAGAUGAUAAUGAAAAAAAUUAAAUAAUGAUUAUAAUACUAAAAUAAUAAUAUAAAUAAUAAAAAUGAUAAUAAGAAUAAAUGAUAGUAAUCAUAAAAAUAAUAUAAUGAUAAUAAUAAUACGAUAAAAAUGAUGAUAAUAAAAAUAAUUAUGAUAAUAAUAAAAACAACAACAAUAAUAAGUUAUUUGAUGGUUUCCUUGUUUUUCACAGAUUCUCUCAGCAGGUCUUUUUGGGGUAAAGGGGACGAUCCAUCAUCAAAUUCCCACCCAGGGGCGUCAUCCCAGCAGCUCCCAGUCACCGUCCACAGGACACCUCCUCCUCUUCCUCCUCCUCUGUCCUCCUCUGCAGACGGAGGAGCGGAGGAGGAGGAGCAGAGUGGAGCGGUGGUGGACUGUGGUUUUUCCAGCCAGCACACGCAGGACCACAGAAGUGCCUCUAACAGGACUAACCCCCCUCAGGAGCAUUCAGCUCCCACAUAGGAUCUGAACACUACACCUCCUCUCAGCUGCAGCCCCCCACCUCACCCCCUCACCCCCCCCACUACCUCCAAAGAGACUCCUCACUCUCUGCCAAAGAUGCUCUCUUGUAUGUUUACAUUCUCCUCUGUCUCCAGAGGACAGACUGACGGUCUCCACUGUGGAAAGACUGCUGUGUCUGUGUCUGACAGGAGACACGGAUCUGUAAUUAAAGUGACCUCCCCUUUGACACCUCCACCUCUGCAGGACGCCUUUUCUCCUCCUCCUCCGCUCCUCUCAGUUCUCUUCCAUGAGGAGGUGAUGAAUGUAUGCUCUGAAGAGCCGUGUCAGAGGCUGCCGUCACGCUGAGACACGCUCGAGUCUCUCCUCAGUCCACGCCGCCGCCGCUGCUGCUGCUGCUGCAGGGACGAGGUUCUGUCUCUUCACUCCUGCUACAAACACACAACUGUAGGAGAAACGACCACGCCCCUUUUUAGUGGGCGGGGUUAAACUGACCAGCAGUCUGAGGUCAGGAGACAAACACUGAAUUGGCCCACAUUCCUGCAGCCAUCCUGAGCGACUCUAAACUCUGCUCUCCUGUUAUGCAAACUUCAGAGACACUGACACCAGCCUGUGGUGUAUAUUAUGAAUCUAUAAAUAUAUAUAAAUAUGAAUAUAUAUAUAAUUGUCCUAUAAUAUCUGAUCUUGUUUUUGUCCUCUGUGAAAAAGAGAAAAUCGUCAGAACUUCAUUUCCUGUCUUUGCCUUCGUCGAGAGGAAGUGGUCAUUCUUUUGUUUUUGCACAUGUGACAAUCGCAGGUCGAAUCCUAUUGGUUGUCCGUCUGAUGGCCUUUUGAACAAACGCCCGCAGUGACCUCCGUCAGACUGAAUUUAAAGAUGGACGACACCUCACUUCCCACUGGACAAAAAUGAAGCCGUAACUCCUCCCCCACAGGCGCUGAACUGAUCAGCUGAUGGACCUGAGGAGCUGACACCCCGCCCCUCCUGUCAAUCAAAACUCUAUCAUUUAAAUGUAGCUCUGCUAAUUGAAUUCACAACCACUUUAUCUGCGUUUAUUAGAUCAAAAUACGGCCAAACUUGGCUUCACUUGUUGGAUCUGUCGUGUCGUCCAUCUUUUCCCCUCUGUGGUUUAAUUCUCUCCAGUAUGCACUGAUUUGUUUCCUCUCAUAUCGAACCUUACAGGCACUUGGUCUAACGGCGGUGACCCCUCUUAUCCUGUUUUCCUCCCUCAGAAAGAUCAUGAUCCUUCCUGCGCCUCAGUUUUCACCCGGGACUGUGAAACAUGAGAAUGUAGCGUGUUAUUUUCUACAUGUAUGUAUGUUUGUGUACAUAAUCUAAGUUCUCCACGAGCUGCAGUCCUUUUCCUUCGGCCUUAUUCUGAGUUUUACUCAGAAACAUAAUAAUAAUAAUAAUAAUAAUAAUGAUAUUUAAAAAACAGAUAAUGAAACAGCUGGACUCUUAUCUCAGAUGUCAGCUCUUAAAUCGCUCUGAGGAUUUUGAAAAGGUGAAAAAGUCGACCGUCUCGAGUUGCUCUUAAAAAUCCUCUCGGUUUGCUGCACUUCCCAUCCGAUCAGCUGUGAUUUCCUCUUCCUGUUUCCGUGAUUCAAAGACUCGGUUUAUUUAUUCCAUGACUCAGCGGUCGAUUCAUUAGGUACUCUAAGCUGAAGCAGACUGUGAAAGGUUUGUUUUUGUUUUUAUGUUGACAAUCAGCACUACGGCAUUAUUUUAAAACUGACCAAAACAUGAUUUUUAUCCUUCUGUCUGUAAUCGUCGAUGGUACAAAGUUCAGACACUAUGAGUCAAUCAUGCUGAAAGUGGCUUCAACAGUGAGUUUGACGCUGUCCUCCUCCUGCUGCAGCCUCACAAAGUGUAACACUACCAGGAUUAAAUCAGUCUGUCUGAUCAGAGGUUCAUACAAAUAUGAAUUUAAGUGUCGAGUUGAUCAUGUUUUUCUUUUCAUGACCAGUUCAGCACAUUCCCAACGUCUCCCUUUAAUUUAAACACUCCUCUGAUAUUUCCUGACCCGUGUGUCGAAGGUGGAGCGAAUCUGAUCGUCCUCCGUGACUUUAUACCAAAGUUUAGCAGUAACUGCUCCGGCAAUAUUCCAAUGCUGCUUUUUUUCUACUGUUGUAUUUUAGUUUCUUUAUUUCAUAUAUUUUUGGACCUUGUUUGCCUGUAAAUUCUGUAAAGCAUGUCUAAAGAGCCUUUUUUUGUUACGUAGCAAUUAUCUAAAACAUUAAACAUUAACUCUGAUAAACUGGUCACGAGUCUUUUAACGCCGCUGUUCCAGAAGAAAACCAUCGUAGAUUAGACGGUCUUAUUUGUAGACAGUUGAUUUCCUUGUGUUUAAAGCUCCUAUAAGGAGUUUUUCAUGUUUGUGAAAUACACUUAAAUUCAUCCUGAUGUCUUUUUAUGAUCUACUAAAGCAA